UGACCUGUGGACACCAUGGCCACCACCAGCAUCCGCCAGUUCUCCACCUCCAGCUCUCUCAAGGGCCCGUGUGUGCCCACCGGGGGCUUCUCUCGGGUGUCCACGGUCCGAGUUGGGGGCACCUGCCGAGCCCCCAGCCUCCUGGGAGCUGGAAGCUGCGGCAACAUGUCGGUCACCUCAUCCCGCUUCACAGCCGGCUUAGGCGGGGGCUAUAGUGGGGGCUAUUCCUGCAACCUGGGCGGGGGCUAUGGCGCCGGCUACAGUGUGUCAGAGGCCCUGCUGGGGGGAGGUGAGAAGGAGACCAUGCAGAACCUCAACGACCGCCUGGCCUCCUACCUGGACAAGGUGCGCGCCCUGGAGGAGGCCAACACCGACCUGGAGGUGAAGAUCCGAGACUGGUACAAGAAGCAGGGGCCCGAGCCCGCCCGGGACUACAGCCACUACUUCAAGGCCAUCGAGGAGCUGAAGAACAAGAUCCUGGCGGCCACCAUCGACAAUGCCAGCUUGGUGCUGCAGAUCGACAAUGCCCGCCUGGCAGCCGACGACUUCCGCACUAAGUACGAGACGGAGCUGAACCUGCGCAUGAGCGUGGAGGCCGACACCAACGGCCUGCGCCGGGUGCUGGACGAGCUGACCCUGGCCAGGGCCGACCUGGAGAUGCAGAUCGAGAACCUGAAGGAGGAGCUGGUCUACCUCCGGAAGAACCACGAGGAGGAAAUGAAUGCCCUGCGAGGCCAGGUGGGUGGAGACGUCAACGUGGAGAUGGACGCCGCCCCCGGCAUGGACCUGAGCCGCAUCCUGAACGAGAUGCGCGACCAGUACGAGAAGAUAGCGGAGAAGAACCGCAAGGACGCCGAGGACUGGUUCUUCAGCAAGACGGAGGAGCUGAACCGCGAGGUGGCCACCAACACCGAGGCCCUGCAGGGCCACAGGACAGAGAUCACCGAGCUCCGUCGCUCCGUGCAGAACCUGGAGAUCGAGCUGCAGUCCCAGCUCAGCAUGAAAGCAUCGCUGGAGGGCAGCCUCGCGGAGACCGAGGCGCGCUACGGGGCCCAGCUGGCCCAGCUGCAGGGGCUCAUCAGCAGCAUAGAGCAGCAGCUGGGGGAGCUGCGCUGUGACAUGGAGCGUCAGAACCAGGAGUACCAGGUGCUGCUGGAUGUGAAGACUCGGCUGGAGCAGGAGAUUGCCACCUACCGCCGCCUGCUGGAGGGCGAGGACGCCCACCUGGCCACCCAGUACUCCUCGUUCCAGGCCUCGCAGCCCACCAGGGAAGCCACGGUGACCAACCGCCAGGUGCGCACCAUUGUGGAGGAGGUCCAGGACGGCAAGGUGAUCUCCACCCGGGAGCAGGUCCACCGCUCUACCCACUGA